AUGGGCUUUGGAAUGCGACAUGGAAUGAAUCGAGGAAUGAUGAAUCGAGGAAUGAUGCACCAAGAAAUGGGCGUUGGAGCGAGCGAUGAUCUUUCUCUGGGGAUGAAUCCUCGCUUGAUUCGGCAGCUGUAUCGCGAAAUGCAUGGUCGUCCGCGUCGUUUGGAAGAGAUGGGCGAAGUGGUCUUCUUCGACACUCUGGCCUCUCCCGUGGAAGUGCCUCCGCGCGUGAGUUUUGUGACGCCUUCGGCCUCGUCGGAGGUGCGCGCGAACGACCUGGUAACGCUGACGUUCGACGCUCCCGUCGUUCAGGGGAGCGGCGAAGUGUUCGUCGGUUCGUCCUCUCCGGAUCAGUCGGUUUCGCUCCUCUGGGUCGAGGGCCUCGUGGCGUGCUUCCGUCUCCCUUCGCUGCCCGCGGGCGCGGUGGUCCUUCGGGUGCCCGCAGGCGCCGUGCGCUCGGCGGAGAGCGGCGCGGCGAGCGAGGAGUUCCGUCUGUCUCGCCAAGACGCGUGGGAGAUGAGCGGAGACAGCGCGCUGGCGAGCUGCGUGCUGGCGACGCCGAUCGUGGCUCGCUCCCACGGCGUGGUUCGGUUCGCGUGCGACGGUCGCGUGGGUCUGCCGGUGGGGUGCGCGGUGCGUCUGGCGGAGGAGGACUACGGCGUGGACGAUCUGCUGGUCAGCAACGACACGCUGGCCUUCGUGGUGCGGUCGGAGCUGCAGCUGGGCGCUUCGUACACGGCGCAGUUCGUGGGGUGCGGCGUGGAGCUGGAGGCCGAAGUGCAGGCAGCGUCGGAGAUCCCCGCGCCCUCGCUGCUUCGAGCGGAGCCCGCGCAGACGCUGUUCGCGGGAGAGACGUACCAGUUCGCGCUGACGUUCGACGAGGCCGUGACGAUCGUCUCGCAGGACGCUCUGCGGUUUGCCAGCGACGGCGUGGAGCUGCCUGGAUUGGCGGCGGGCGCGACGGUUUCGUCGGAGGGCCAUGUGAUUCGGUUUGAGUAUACGGUGCCGAGCGAGGCGGCGAAGGCGGUCUUGACGAUCACGCUGCGCGGCGAAGCGGUGCAGGACGAUAUGCAGCGCGCGCUGCCGAGCGAUGUGACGUUCACGCGACGUGUGGAAAGCCCGUGCGGACCUGCCUAUCUGGCCGCGCUGUCCGCGAACGCGGGAGUGUGCAGAUGCCGGCGAAGCAGCGCGCGCUGCGAGUGCCAGUGCGGCAAGCUGGGAGCAUCGAUGGAGUUCUAAGUGUUUGUAGUCU